AUGAAUUACAACAAAGAACUUCUACAACAAAAUGACGAAUACGCUGAAUGUUGGACCAAAACUGAUGAGCAUAAAAUUAUCGGAUUAUCUAAAGUGAGUAUCAACACGACAGAGGAAUGUCUGACCUACUGCAUCGAGUCGAAGGAUUGCAAAGCUGUUGAUUUCGAUACCAAAACUGUUCCUCCUUGUUGGGUUCAGACCGACACGAGACUUAACGUUGCCAAAUCAUAUUUGCACAAAGCAAAAACAGUGACUGAUUAUUAUAUUAACAGGCAGUGCAUUCACAAACUGAAAAUUCACGAUUGUUGGUCAGUAACCAACAUGCAUCAUUAUCCAGAUUUGGAGAAAGUCACGUUCUUAGAAAUUGAAUCGUGUCUUAAAUAUUGUUGGGAGCAAUCAAAAUGUUUUGUCGUCGAUUUUGAUGAAAAUACAGAACCACCAUGCUGGGUUCAAAACAUAUCGUUUGAUAUUAGAAAAUCUGCCAUCAAACCGCAUCCAACAGCCACUAAUUAUAUUCUGGACAAAAAUUGUAAAUUGCCCAAAAUCAAAUUGACAAAAAGUGCCAUUUCUUCGUUUCCAGUAGAUCAAAUAAACGGUUUAGUAGAAUACUGA